AUGUCUGAAUCUGAAAGUUCUGAGAACUCCUUGGAAGAAUCCUCAAGUGAGGAAACUGAAGAUGAUGAUGUUCCUCUGGCCAAGAGGCGAAAAGUUAUCUUUGUGGAAGAAGAAGAUGAGCAGGAUGACUGUGAGAUCAUCCAGGACGUGCUUCAGGAUAUAAGGGAAUCUUCAGAAGCUGAAGAAUCCACGGAUUCUGAUGUUCCUCCAUCCACUUCAAAGACCCUCCUAUUAACCCAAACUAGUGAGAUCCCUGCGGAGAAAGAAAAAGAGGAUGAUGAUGUUCAAAUUCUUGAACCUCCCUUCAAUGUGAAGCCUAUUCAACAAGUGGCUUCCAACUUUGAAGAUCAGCUCCCAGAUGCUGCUGAAACCUCCUAUGUGUCCUUGUCCAACUAUUCUGCAGUAAACUCACGAGAUCUGAGUUUUACCUCACCUGAGAAGACUGCUACUUCCGGGAAUAGACAAGUGACUAUCUCUGAAGCUGAGCACAUGGAUGAGUCUGAUCAUUCGGGCAUAGAGAAGAAUCAUGAGAUUGAGUCUGCUCAACCCAGAACUGAGAGUCCCAAUGCUUCAAGCUCAAAUGCUGCCAGAACUUCUCAGCCUGUCUUAACCUUGGCAACCUCUCUCAGACCUCAAAAUCUAAUUCAACUGAUUCAGGAGUUCCCUGAAGAGGCAACCAGAAGAUUACAAUGGUUGUAUCAGGUAACUGAUAAUCAGUUUGAUGCUUCUUUUGUUGAUGGUCUGUGGUCUGCAUUUGGAUGA